AUACAAUACAAUAUACAAAUUAAGAUUAGAAUAUGAGAUGAUGUUGGCUAUUUGUCUACGACACUUUUAUCUGAAGGACGUCGCCUGUAGCUCUGGGGUUAGUUGGUGCCUGGGCAAUGUAAAGUUCCUAUUGCGACUCUUGUGUUUCUGAUACAAUGAUCAUUUACGUGAAGACGCUAACGGGAACAACGUUGACAAUAGAAGUCAUACCUCAAGAUACCGUGGAAGUAUUAAAAGCAAAAAUACGAGACAUAGAAGGCGUACCAAUUGACCAACAGAGGCUCAUCUUCUCCGGAAACCAGCUCGAAGAUGAGAGGACACUCGAGGACUUCAAUAUUAGCUCAGAAUCUGUGUUGCAUCUAAUCCUUCGUCUGAGAGGAGGAGGCAUCCGUAUGUUCUUCCUCAACGUGGUAUUGCCAUCAGCUGAUGUGAUUCAACCGGUUGUUAACGGACAGACGACCGUUAGCGAGGUGGAAAAGCUACUGGAAGAAGAAGAUCCAUCUUUAAAGGGCCGGAACUAUCGUCUGAUGGUGGCUCAGCAGGCGAUGGACAGUAGCAAGACCUUGGAGUAUUAUGGCAUCACGUCAGAGGCAGUAAUAAGAUUAGAAUUAACAGAAAACCGUUGCUGCGUUAUGUGAGAUUUAAUAGUUGAUAUCUCUGUUUGUUUCAUCACUUCUUGAUAAAGAAAAAAGCAUUUCAACAGCGCUGGAAUAAUUUAGAAUUGUCUGCUAAUGUUUGUUAUAAGCACGCAGGGACAAAAUCAGUUGCUUGCCUUAUUUGAUUUGUAAUAAAGUUAUUUCCCAUUUC